AUGCCUACGGGCUUUCUCGCCGCGCUGCUGGAGGAAGUGAUUUGUCACGGCACCCUCCGCUCAACAACAAGCAGCCUGCAGUCGUACUGGCUGCCGACGCUGCUGGAUGACGCAGCGCGAACAGCACUUGAGGACAUUGUGGCGGCGGCGAGCGCAGAUGACACGAGCAAAACGCGUGGUGGUGGGUUGUGGAGCAGCAUGUGGGGCAGUCACAAGUUCUAACACAAUGGCACAUGUGCAUGUGUGUGUUUGUGGAUUGGUGUGCAAGUGUGUGCAUGUGUUAUGUUUGUAAGUGCGUGUGGAUUGGUGUGCAAGUAAGUGUGUACAUGUGUGUGUGUGUUUGUAAGUGCGUGUGCGUGUGCGUGUUCGUGUAAUCAAAGACUCUGUUUGUGGCCCAAAUGAGUACAAAGACACAGCGUGA